AUGGAGAAUUUACAUGCAAUUGAUCCCAAGUCGACUCAUGAAGUAUCCGGUUAUGAAUUUUAUUCCAACCAAGGACCACAAGAUGGACUCUGGCUCCGAUUCCUUACGUAUACCAAAUGGUACCCGAAAGACAUGUCACACCCAGAAAAGAAGCUUAUCAUCAAGCUAGAUGUCAUGAUCUUAGUCUUUGGCUGCCUUUCAUUCUUCACCAAAUACCUUGACCAGCAGGCGAUCACAAAUGCCUAUGUAUCAGGCAUGAAAGAAGACCUCAAUCUACACGGCAAUGGAUUGAACUACAUAACAGCGAUAUUCUGGGCCUCGUAUUGCACCUCCAUGAUACCAGCCUGCUACUGGCUUACACGCACGCGAAUUAACAUCGCGCUGCCGAGUUUGGAAAUCGGAUGGGGACUUUUCACAUUCGGCUGUGCUUGGGCAAACAACCUGAAUACAAUAUACGCAAUGCGAUUCUUUAUCGGGAUCUGCGAGUCUUGCUCCUUCACCGGCGUCAUCUAUGUCAUCGGAUCGUGGUAUAAGCCCGGCGAGGUGACGCGUCGGGUUGCGCUUUUCUUUGUCGCUUCGCCACUUGGGACUAUGUUCGCGGGUUAUUUGCAGGCUGCUGCUUAUACAAAUUUAGAGGGGAGGCAUGGAUUGCCGGGGUGGAGAUGGCUGUUUAUUAUUUGCACUAUUAUCACAAUUCCUAUUUGCAUUGUCGGAUAUAUCGUUUUCCCCGAUGUUCCUCACCGCUCAAAACCACACUUCCUAACAGAAACCGAGCAUGAUAUUGCAAACAUUCGUCUAAAAGGUCUAACAGCGCCAAGCGAACUAAAAGUCUCUCGGGCCAUCUUCCAGCGAGUCUUUGGACGAUGGCAUUGCCUAUAUCUCAAGGCUAAACCAGACAUCUACUCCAUCUCACGGGUAAAUACUUUGCCGACAAUCGCGACAGCACUGUCUGUCGUGGCCGCGCUAAUGGCUGGCGUUACCGCAGACCGUCUGCGCAAUUUCUGGAUUCCCUCCGUGGUAACCAGUAUUCCCGUCCUAGUCGGUGUGAUUUUGCUCGUUGUCUAUAAUGUUGGGGAAACGGGACGGCUGGUGGGGUUUAUCAUCACCGGAUUCGAGGGCGCAAUUAGUCCGCUCACUAUGAGUUGGGCAACGAUCAUCAUGGCCAAGGAUGCCGAGGAACGUGCUAUAGUCACGGCAAGCAUGAACGCGAUCGGUCAGGCCAUGGCAGCGUGGACACAGAUUUUUCAGUAUCCAGCUAUUUCUGCUCCAAAUUUUCGAACGGGAUUCAUCUCGAACCUGGUUACCACUAUCGCACAAUUCUUAAGUGUUGGUUUGAUUGCCUUUCUUGUGCAUCGGGACGCGCGAAAAGAGCAAAAAGAAUGUUCUAAGGUGUGA